AUGAAAGAAAUUAUUGUACUGUUGGGAGUCAUCGCAUGCUCCUACAGUUCCUAUUGGGACUUUGGAAGUUAUGGCGGUGGUGGGCUUACACUGGGAGAAAUUUCUUUAGACCAUCAUGACUUGGGAGGAACAGAAAGUCAUUCCUUAGAUUUAUUGGGAGGUCACCUACCAAUAAAAAUUAGUGAUUGGCACUUGGCCACCAGCGGUCUUCACGGAGUCAAUGUCAUUCCCACUGUUAAACAUAUCGGGAUACCGACAGUCCAGGCAAUUCCAAUUAGUAUACCGCAUCCGGUGGUGGAAACAUUCCCACAGCCUUAUCCUGUUCCUGUGGUAGUUCCGAAGCCUGUACCAUUCCAGGUGGAGAAACAGGUGAUUAAAACCGUAGAGAAGAAGAUACCGACGCCUGUUGAGAAAAUAAUUCCGGUGAAAAUCGAAAAGCCGGUACCAUUUCACGUGGUAAAACACGUGCCAGUACCGGUCGAAAAGCCAAUACCGAUCAAGAUUCCGAUCUACAAAACCAUCGUGCAUAAAAUCAAUCAUUCAACGCUUGAUUUCUCGUGUUCACAUUACCAGCCCCAUAAAAUAAUCAACAUGAAUAAAAUUGUUUUCUUGUGUCUCGCUUUGUUUGGCAACAUGGUGUUGGCUAGCCAUUUGGCUGAGGAUCAUGGUAGUACAACGUAUGAAGAGAAAACGAAAGCUGUGGAAAUUCCAAUUAUUAAAAAAUUUGCUAUACCUAUUCCGCAUCCUGUACCUGUUGAAGUGCCCAAGGAAAUUAAAAUACCAGUGCCUCAACCAUAUAAGGUGCCAAUCGAAAUCCCUCACCCAUAUCCAGUGGAAGUCAUUAAACACGUCGAGAUACCCAUUGAAAAACCAGAGCCUGUUAUUAUUGAAAAGCAUGUUCCUUAUGUUGUGGAAAAACCAUAUGCCGUUUAUGUGGAGAAGAAGUUCCCCGUGCCAGUGGCGAAACCAUAUGCUGUUCAUAUCCCGAUCUACAAACAUGUGGUCCAUUAUACGUCUUCCAAGGGUAAAGGAUGGAAAAAAGCGGUUACGAAUAACAAUCUUGGCGACAUUCUACUUCGAAACUCGGUGAUAUUAAUGACUCACUUGUAGGUACUUGCCACAAUGGUGGCCGCAGUGUGGGCUUCUUACGAGGAGGAGCACGGUAGUACUACCUAUCACGAAACUUCUAAGCCAGUCGAGAUACCUAUCUACAAGAAAUACGCGAUACCAAUUCCGCACCCGGUCGCCGUUCCAGUUCCUCAGCAAAUUAAGAUUCCGAUACCUCAACCCUAUCAGGUCGAAGUUGCAGUUCCGCAUCCAGUACCUAUAGAAGUUAUUAAACACGUUGAGAUACCUAUAGAAAAACCGGAACCGUACGUCGUGGAGAAAAAGGUACCGUAUGUUGUCGAGAAGCCGUACCCAGUGACAGUGGAAAAGCACUUUCCAGUGCCAAUACCUAAACCGUAUCCAGUUCACGUGCCAGUGUACAAGCACGUUUUUCAUCAUAAGAGCUCAGGACAUGGUUCAGGACACGGCUCGGGACACGGCUCUGGACAUGGCUCAAGACACUGGAAGAAGCAUUGA